ACAUUUUGUCAUUUGGCACACAGAAGCGGCGCAGGCAUCGAGGCAUCAUACGUCCAUGGGUGCACCUAUAUUUUCUGGCGAGAUACCUGAUUGGUUCCCACCCAGAUGCCGCCGAAUUUGUGCUGUGCACGGAUAUCUUUAUUCUAUGGCCUGGUGCCUAUCUAAGGCCCCUAGAUAAAAUAACUUUGUCCAAAUAGUUUCUGGUCCAACCGACCAACCUGUCCAACCACCAACAGUGUGCAACCUCCGUGCCUCCGUUUCGACUUGAGCAAUCAUGGAAGAACCGGAGGACCGCGCAAUCAAAGAGAUGUGUACAGCCACGACGCGUGACAUCUGUGACGUUGUUGGGGACAAUGUACGUGCACUGGCAGAAUUGUGGCAUGACCUUGGAAUUGACCAGGAGGCAAUGCGAAGUCGCCUUGGAAGAACUAAGAGGCACGUUGUGAAACUUUUCAUGGCUAUGAGAGAAGAUCAGCAGGAGAUGAAGGAGAGAAUACUAGCACGCAUCAGCUCUUACACUAGUGAAGUGGAGCGUCUGGCCUCGGAGCUUGGCAUGCCUGUCACCUUGCCCGAAGGCCGUACAGUAGUGCAGCAAGAAGACGAGAUGCGAGCACUUGCGCAGAAGCUGCGAGAAAUAAGGUCUUCCCGCAAGCGAGAGCUUCGCAUGUUGAGAAGCGAGGAGGCAGACCUCUGCCACAGGUUGCAAGAGCCUGCAUUUGCUUUUGGCAAUGGUGGUGCAAUACCGUCGCAGGAGGAGCUGCAUGAGCUGCGGGAACAUCUCCACACUCUCGAACAGGAAAAGGUUCUGCGAACUUGCAAAUUUGCGGCUCUUCAAAGGGAGGUAGUUGCGCAGCUACAAAUGAUUGGCGCUGAGCCGGAAACACAGUUCGAGAGACAAAUUGUGGACAGCCCCGAUGAAGUCAUCUUGUCCUUGCAAAACCUUGAAAGUGCUGCCACCUAUCUUCACAAGUUGAAGGAGCUCGAGAAAGCCCGCCGUGAAGAAAUUUCUGCCCUUAUAGAGCAGGUUAACCUCUACUGGGAGCGACUCAACGUGCCCGAAGAGCAACAGUUCAGGCAUGCCACUGGCCUCAUCCCAGAAGCAAUUGCCAAACUGAAACAGGAGCUGGCGAGGUUGAAGGACCUGAAAAGGCAGAGGUUGCGGGAGUUUGUGGAACGCACAAAUGACGAGUUGCUUGCAUGGCGUCGGAAGUGCUGCGUGCCACAGACGCUUGAACAGGACGACCCUGAAGAUGUCUCGGAAGAGCAUCUAGAGCAAAUGGAGCAAGAACUGAAGAUGUACAAAGAUCUCUACGCUGAGAAUAAAACCAUCUUCGCCAAAGUUGAGCGCCGUGAAGCUCUCUGGGCCAAAUUCCUGGAGAUGGAAAAAAAAUCAAAUGACCCUUCUCGCUUGAACAACAGAGGCGGGCAGCUCCUGCUCGAAACAAAGGAACGCAGCAGACUACAAGCAGAACUGCCCAGACUGGAGCAGGAAAUUCGCUCCUACAUUAAAAACUACCGUGGCAGCAAGCAGGAGGUCUUCAACAAGUGGGGAGACAAGUUCUUGGGCCAUAUCGCUGCGCAGAAUGAAGCCUACAGCUUGCAAAAGGAGCAAGAGCGACUGGAAAGGGAAAGCCGUCGUAAGGCAGCUAGACCACCCUCUCGAGGCUGCCUAAAGGAAGGCUGUCCUGUUACGCCAUCCCGCACCACAUCUACCAAGAUGUCCAGGCUGGUUGCGAGCAGCAGCAGUUGCAGCAGCUUGGUCACUCCUGGGCGAGCCACUCUGACCAAACAGUUUCCAACCAGACAAACACCGCGUCGCGCUGGUGGUGCCAGUACUUCUGCCCGGAACAUUGCCAUCCGGCGUCGAUCCCUAAAGCGGUCGGCACAGAAAAAAGCCGCCGCUAGUCGCCAACUACUGCAGACAGAACCGGGUCCUUCAUCUGGCCAACAUUGCCCGACUGUUGCCUUGGCGUCUGGCUCGAGCUCAAUGGACAGCUUCACGGCAUUCCUGGCGAGUGCUUCCAACAAGCCAAUCACAAGCACUGUCCUUGCUGAGACGCCGAAAUCGACGCCGCAAGGACCUGCACAACAGCUCGACUGCACAGAUCUUGCACCUUUAGAAGAGAAACAAUGAUUGACGUCAUGAUUUGACGGGCAGUUGUAUCUAAAGUUUUUAAUAUGAAUUAUGUGAAAAAGCUGUAGAUGCGUGUAAAAUUUAUGUGCAUAUUUGUGAACAUGAGAUGCAUUUUUGUAUAUCUUGUGCAGGUCUAAUUUUAUGCUCUCUGUUUUUGUUAUUAUAUUGUGGAAUAACUUAAGUCAUUUUGAUAAGAGUAUCAUUGGCUUCUGUGCAAUUUAAGAAAGCUAAUAUGACCAAAAUGUUAAUGUUCCAUUGUACCCUAGGACAAGAUUUGCAAAACUUCGAAGUGGAUGCACAGAAGUGUUUCUUCUGGAAGUCUAGCAAGUCACAUUCAACAUCUUCAGGAUAUUUUAAUGCAACAUACUUUCAUAAAUUUUUAUCCUAGGACCCAUUAUGCUUUGCCUUUUUAUUUUUUCCACUGGCAGUAUGUUUUUUUUAAUGUACAGUAUACUACUACACAAAAUAAAACCAAUAAUGUUGUGAUCAAUAUUAUGCAGCCUGGAAUAUAUUGCAGAAUUCAUGAUUAACAUUGUACUGACAACUACAUGCAGUGUACUGCCAAGCACAAAUUUUAGAGCAUGGGAUCUACAAAAAAAAAAAAAAAAUUAAUUGAAAAAUUAUGCAGUCAAUCCAUCCACCCUGCAAUUCAAAGCUGGACUGCAUACUUCCCUGUGCCUCAAAUAAUGCAUCCCUUAUUCCAGGCUGUGUUUUAAAAAAACAUUGCUUUUGUGAUUACCAUGCAGUGCAAGCUUUUUCCAUCCAGUGUACAACGGCAGGACACUACAUAGUGAUGGAAGUAACUCUCAUGCUUUAACCAAGCCUUUUCUCCCAGUAAGAGUAACUGUUCUGGCAUUGUAGAAUGGUAAUUUAUUAUUUUGCUCUAGUUAACUGUAUUUAGUAAAUUUACUCUAUUUUUUUCAUCAGUCUUCCUUUAAUAGGCAAAAGUGUGCUCUUGAUGUUUUAGUAAUUUAUGCUUGCCACUCGUAUAUGCUGACUAUGCUAAGGAGCCUAUCUAUUUGAUGUGACAUCACAUUUGCCUGAUUCCUGUACAUAUUUGUAUUUGUGCAUUUCUCUCCCAUGUACCAUAUUACCCUUGGAUGCUGUCUUCUCCCAGUCAAAACCAAAUUUGGAAAAAUAGGUUUGGCAAACUUCUUUUUUCCCCUCUCUUCAGUUUAAGAUGAAUGCAACACUACCGGCUAAAACGCGGAUAAGCUGUUCUUCAAAAGCAGACAUGCUGAGAUUUUCCACAUCUGGUCUGCUUCAUACAGAUUAAAGUCGUCACUCAAAAUUGCUGUCAGAGGACUUCUGUACGAAAUGAUUGAUCUGAAAAUAAUAAAAAGAAAAAUUCAUUUUCA